AGCAAGAACAAACCAAUUUUCAAACUGCAUUAUUUGUAUGUUUAGGUGGCUGUCAAUGCACACAUCCCUCCGGAUUAUCUUCUUAGGAUCUGUGAGAGACUCGGACCCCUUUUAGACAAGGAAAUCCCACAGAGUGUCCUAGGUGUGCAGACUUUGCUAGGUGUCGGGCGCCAGUCUCUAUUAAGGGCAGCAAAAGACUUCAGACAUACAUCAUGGAAAGGAUCUGCAUUUGCGGCUCUUCACAGAGGGCGGCCUCCCGAACUACCUGUAAAUUAUGGGAAACCACCAAAUGUGGUAAAUAUAAUUUCUGCCAGGCAAUUAACUGGAUGUGGACGUUUCAGCCACUUGUUCCCAACGUCCACCUACCAACACAUGAAAAUGCAUAAGAGGAUUUUGGGACAUCUAUCAUCUGUUUAUUGUAUAGCCUUUGAUCGUAGCGGAAGAAGAAUUUUUACAGGGUCAGAUGAUUGUUUGGUCAAAAUCUGGGCUACAGAUGAUGGGCGCCUGCUCUCCACGUUGCGAGGACACUCGGCUGAAAUCUCUGACAUGGCUGUUAACUACGAGAACACGCUGCUGGCUGCGGGCAGCUGCGAUAAAGUCGUCCGAGUCUGGUGUCUUCGAACCUGUGCCCCAGUCGCAGUGCUGCAGGGCCAUUCAGCUUCCAUUACUUCCAUACAGUUCUCUCCAGCAAGGAAAGGAACAACACGAUACCUCACUUCUACUGGUGCUGACGGAACAAUCUGUUUCUGGCAGUGGCAUGCGAACACCAUGAAAUUUAAGGAUCGCCCUGUAAAAUUUGCAGAGAGGUCCAGACCUGGUGUUCAGAUAUCUUGUUCAUCUUUCAGUUCUGGUGGCAUGUUCAUUGCGACAGGUAGUACUGACCACGUGAUAAGAAUUUAUUAUUUGGGCUCAGAAUCUCCGGAGAAAAUGGCUGAGUUAGAAUCUCAUACGGACAAGGUGGUUGCAGUCCAGUUCUGUAACAAUGGUGACAGCUUAAGAUUUGUGAGUGGAAGCAGAGAUGGAACAGCAAGAAUAUGGCACUAUCAGCAGCAGGAUUGGAAGAGUGUAGUCCUGGAUAUGGCUACUAAAAUGACAGGAAACAGCGUAGCAUCUGGGGAGGACAAGGUGACUAAGCUGAAGGUUACUAUGGUGGCCUGGGAUAGAUAUGAUGCCACUGUCAUCACUGCAGUCAACAAUUUUCUUCUCAAAGUGUGGAACUCAUCCACGGGGCAGCUUCUCCAUAGCUUAUCUGGUCAUGAUGAUGAAGUUUUUGUUCUGGAGGCCCAUCCGUUUGACCAAAGAAUUGUCCUUUCAGCGGGUCAUGAUGGAAAUAUUUUUGUUUGGGAUAUAGACAAAGGAACUAAAAUUCGAAAUUACUUUAACAUGAUUGAGGGCCAAGGCCAUGGAGCUGUUUUUGAUUGCAAGUUCUCACCAGAUGGACAGCAUUUUGCCUGCACAGACUCUCAUGGACAUCUGCUACUAUUUGGUUUUGGAUGCAAUAAAUAUUAUGAGAAGAUUCCAGAUCAGAUGUUCUUCCAUACGGAUUACCGACCGCUGAUCCGUGAUGCAAAUAACUAUGUGUUGGAUGAACAGACUCAACAGGCUCCGCAUCUUAUGCCUCCUCCGUUCUUGGUGGAUGUGGAUGGAAAUCCUCAUCCCACGAGAUUCCAGCGGCUGGUACCAGGGAGGGAAAAUUGCAAAGAUGAACAACUUAUUCCUCAGCUGGGAUAUGUAGCUAAUGGUGAUGGUGAAGUAGUUGAACAAGUCAUUGGGCAGCAAACUAAUGACCAGGAUGAGAGUAUCCUUGAUGGAAUGAUCAGAGAGCUACAGAGGGAACAAGAUCUGAGACUAAUUAAUGAAGGAGAAACUCUUCCAAACCCUCCACUCAAUAGAUCCCACUCUGUUAAUGGGGCUCUUCGAAGUCCAGGUUUAGAUGUUGCAUCUCCACCAAACGUUGGUCUCCGGAGGAGCGGUCAGAUCGAAGGGGUCCGGCAGAUGCAUCACAACGCUCCCCGAAGUCAAAUGGCAACGGAGAGAGAUCUCAUGGCGUGGAGCAGGAGAGUGGUGGUCAAUGAGCUUCCUCCAGGCAUCAGCAAGGUCCAGGAAGAAUGUCGAGCUGCCAAAGGUGAAAUCGAAAUUAAUUUAUACACUGUUGAAAAGAAGAGAAAGCCAUCCCACACCUUACAACGGAAUGAUUACCAAGUGGGAAGUGGCAGGUCUUUGAGAAGAAACCAACGCAAGCGCCAGCACGCCUACCAAACGCGCUCCACCAUAGAGCACAACCAGCCAGGAGCAAGUCAGAACGCACGUGCCCGGGAGGAAUCAGACAGUUCCUCAGAGGAAGAUGAGACCGUUGGCACAAGCGAUGCAUCUAUGGAUGAUCCUGUGGCAGCUUGGCAAAGUGAAAGCAGUUCCAGUGAUUCGUCAAGUGAAUAUUCUGACUGGACAGCAGAUGCUGGGAUUAAUCUCCAGCCUCCAAAGAGACAAACCAGGCAGGCGGCUCGGAAAAUCUGUAGCAGUUCUGAAGAUGAAAAUAUGAAGGGAACAAAAGGACUGGAGCCAAAACGAAGGAAACUUAAACAGCCUAGAAAAAAGAAACCAAGUGGACUGCUUUCGAUGGAAGGAGAACCCAGUGAGGAAUGGCUGGCCCCACAGUGGAUCUUGGACACCAUACCCCGCCGCUCACCUUUCGUCCCACAAAUGGGAGACGAGAUCAUAUACUUUAGGCAAGGCCAUGAAGCUUAUGUGCGAGCAGUAAGGAAAGCAAAAAUUUACAGUAUUAACAUGCAAAAACAACCAUGGAACAAAAUGGAACUCAGGGAACAAGAAUUUGUGAAGACUGUAGGAAUUAAAUAUGAAGUUGGCCCUCCUACGCUCUGCUGCUUGAAGCUUGCAUUCCUAGAUCCAAUCACGGGCAAAAUGACAGGAGAAUCAUUUUCCAUAAAGUACCAUGAUAUGCCAGAUGUUAUUGACUUCCUUGUGCUGCAUCAGUUUUAUAAUGAAGCCAAAGAAAGGAACUGGCAAAUAGGGGAUAGAUUUCGCAGUAUCAUAGAUGACGCUUGGUGGUUUGGAACCGUGGAGAGUCAGCAGCCAUUCCAGGCAGAAUAUCCUGAUAGUUCCUUCCAGUGCUACUGUGUUCACUGGGACAAUAAUGAAAGAGAGAGGAUGAGUCCAUGGGACAUGGAACCAAUUCCAGAAGGAACUGCUUAUCCAGAGGAGGUUGGUGCUGGAGUUCCUGUGACUCCGGAUGAGCUGACAGCUCUUCUCUACAAACCCCAGGAAGGAGAAUGGGGGGCCCAUUCCAGAGAUGAAGAAUGUGAACGAGUAAUCCGGGGGAUUGAGCAACUUCUUUCCCUUGACAUUUCUAAUCCCUUUGCUGUUCCUGUGGACCUUAGUGCCUAUCCCAUGUAUUGCACUGUUGUUGCUUAUCCAACUGACCUCACCACAAUCAGGAGGAGACUUGAAAACAGGUUUUAUAGGAGAAUCUCUGCGCUGAUGUGGGAGGUACGAUACAUUGAACAUAAUGCUAGGACUUUCAACGAGCCAGACAGUCCUAUAGUCAAAGCAGCCAAAAUUGUAACAGAUGUCUUACUUCGCUUCAUUGGGGAUCAGAGUUGUACUGAUAUAUUAGAAAUAUAUAACAAGGUGAAAGCAGAAGACCUGAGUAGUACUGAUGAAGAAGAGGAGGUGGCAGAAGUCGAUGUAGAUUCAGACGCUCCAGGAACUUCCUCUGGAAAAAGACGAGUAAGACGACGAAUAAAAAGACAACCCACGAAAGCAAGUCCUGAUGCUUGGAAAGACCAAUGCAAGCAGUUGUUAAACCUGAUUUAUGAAAGAGAGGACUCGGAGCCUUUUAGGCAGCCAGUUGAUCUCUUCUCCUAUCCUGAUUAUCGAGAUAUUGUAGACACUCCUAUGGACUUCAGCACUGUGAAAGAAACCUUGGAAGCAGGAAACUAUACUAGUCCCUUGGAAUUCUACAAAGAUAUUCGUUUAAUAUUCUGCAACUCUAAGGCUUACACUCCUAAUAAAAAGUCUCGAAUUUACAGCAUGACACUUCGACUAUCUGCCUUAUUUGAAAAUCAUAUGAAAAAUAUCAUCUCUGAGUACAAGUCAGCGAUGCAAUGUCAGAAGAGGAAAAGGCCACGGUACCGAAAACGGCUAAGAAGCAGUAGCAGUUCCCCAUCCACUAGCAGAGCAUCCAGCCCAAAAGGGAAACAGAAGCAAAUGAAGAUUCAACCUAAACCCAACCAGAAUACCUCACUGCCUUUGACCAGGACGAGUUCUUCAGUUUCAUCUCAUGUUUCAGAUACAGCAGAAGAACCUCUGGGUUCCGUCACUGGUGAAGAGAUGGAAGGCCAGCCAUCUUCCUCAGGCUCCAAUGCACAGAACAGAAGUGGAAGUACCAUUGAUCCAGGGAAAAGUAGACCAAUCAGGAGUAAAUCUACACCAGUGAAACAAGAUCACUCUCCUGAUGGACCACUUACAAACGGCGACGGCAGAGAACCUCGGACAGGAGUCAAGAGGAAAUUACUAAGUGCAUCAGAAGAAGAUGAGCAUCUGGAGGAGGUGGAGGAAGAGGAGAAGAAGAAGAGAGAACUAAAGGAAAAAUCUGGUUUAUCUUCAUCAGAAAGUGGGGAAUCGGGAUCCAGUUCCAGUUCUGAAAGCAGAAGUGGCUCUGAUUCAGACUCUGAAUCAACAUCUAGAACGGAUCAGGAUUACAUUGACGGAGACCAUGACUACAGCAAAGUUGUGCAAUCCAAAAAACCCAAAAGGAAAAUCAAAAGAAAAAUCACCGGUGGGAAACGGAAUUGGCAGGGCAGAGGGACAGGGAGGAGAGGUAGAUGGGGGCGGUGGGGGCGAUGGAGUAGGGGGGGAAGAGGUGGUAGAGGUGGGAGAGGCUGUGGCAGAGGGAGAGGUGGCGGCAGGGGAGGAAGAAGAGGCCGAGGAGGCCGAGGGGCCUCGCGAGGAGCCACCAGAGCGAAACGUGCCCGAAUUACAGACGAUGAAUUUGAAAACCUGUUUGGGGGACAGUUUGGUGAAAACGUGUUUGGAGGGCGGUUCAGCAGACCUCCUCGAAUCAAAACAAGGAACGAAGGCAGGAGAACUGUCUUGUACAACGACGAUUCUGACAAUGACAAUUUUGUGCACACCGAGGAUCCUUUGAACCUUGGUACUUCCAGGUCAGGCAGGGUGCGGAAAAUGACAGAAAAAGCCAGGGUCAGCCAUCUCAUGGGAUGGAAUUAUUGACAGAUGAAAAACUUUGGAACAAUUUUAAAAGAACUUCAAUGGCCUUCUACUGCAGGGAUUUUACCAGAAAAAUCUACCAAGCAAGUUGUGCGGGGACUCCACUCACGUUUCACAGUGGUGCUUUUCCAUUAUGUCAGUUUGCAUUUGUUUUAAAACUUCAGAUCGCCACACUUCAUUGGUCAAAACAAGCCUUAUUCAUUAGGCCUUAAAUUACAGAAAUUCUUCCCCACACACUACAAGUUCAUCACAUUAAAGAGGCUUCCGGCUUCUCAGUAAGAACAUGACAUUUUGAGUCACGGUUAUGACUUCUCUCCCUUGUUUUGUUUUUGUAUUAUAGAAAUAGCACCUUCUUACAGAGUUUUUAUGUGGUUUCUGCCAUAAAUCCUUAUACACAGUAAUAAUUAUAACUUUUGCACAAUACACCAAUCCUAAAGGCAGCUAUAAAAUGUUUACAGUUUCUAUAUUGUAAGAAGGAUCUGGAUUAUUUUAAUCUUCCCAGGCCAAAUGUUCAUGAAUUGUGCUGAACUGAAGUAUGUCUAUACUACAGUUUUGGGGGUCCUGAUGUGCUUUCUAUCGGUUCUUUAUUCAUGUAAAAAGUGACAAAGGGUUGGUGCCUUGUAAAUAUGUAGCAAACCUUUGAUGUGGUGUGUCCUAUGUGUGCAUUAACUUUAUUAAAAAGAGAAUACUUGAGAAGUAUGAAUAUCUAGACAAAAGGUGCCAAAUGCAAAAGUUACUUGCAUCUAUUUUCUUUUUGUCCUCUCAUAUUUUUAUAGUAUUAAUAGAGAUUGUGCAGCUAAGGGGUAACUUCAACAUUUGAAAGGUUCCUCCUCUUCAAAGCAUAACGUGAUUUUUAAUAGUAGCUCGGCUACCUCUAUUUACAACUACUGGAAACUUAAAAGAAAAUAGAUGCUAUUACUCAGUACAUGUUUGAAGAAGAGGCCAGAAGGAGCGUAGAGGGAUGGAAUUGCUCGUGAAGUUGCAGAGUUAACUGUAUCUUCAUUAUAUUGACACGAUGAAAGCAAUUCUAAGUAACGCUCAGAGUUUUCAUCAGCAUGACGUUUUCGGCAGAGGAUGAUUUGGUUGUGCAGGCAGGGUGACUGUUCCCACACUUUUCUGCUGCCACUUGCUCGGUGCAAAUCUGUGUUUGGCUUAAUUUGCCCCUCGAAGUUGCUGAGGGAGAUGAGUUGCUGAGAACUGGUACCUCUGGUGGCUGGCACUUCGGAUAAGCUCCCUUUCGCAUCCUCCAGAUGGACUCUUGUGUCUCAAACUUCCAGAAGAGAAUUCGUGUUGCACUGUACUCUUGGUAUCCUGAAAAAUGCUGACUUGAAAACAGAAAUCAUUCUGGUAGUGAUAGUACAGUAUGUGAUGACAUUUGUGGGCUCGCUCCUUGGUGAAGAGAAGCCGGUGUUUGGCUUGGGCUGAGCUGGGGACGUGCAGCCUCUUACUCCGUAGGGUCUGGCUGGAAUAUAUAUGGGACUGCAGUUUUCUCCCGGUGUCUCGGUGGAUUGGGCAGUUCUAGCUUGGUUAAGAGAGUGAGUUUGGUUACACAGAGAGAACAAAUGAGGGAAAAAAAAAAAAAAAGACACUAGAAAGUUUUGGUGGAGUUUUAAAAUUUUAUUUUCUUUUUAAACUUUCAUUCAAUAUCGUUGAGUUCUUCUGUGCACAGCUUGGUCAAUAAUUCUGGAAAACCUCAGGCAGCAAAAGAGUGACCCAUGUAUAUUCUCAGAUGCAGAAGGAAUUUAAUUUUUGACUUUCUAUAUUAAGCACUGGCUAUUUUAUCUCGCUUUCCAAAAAAUUCUAGUUAGAUGCAAAAUGACUUGAAAAAAAAAAUGCAGAGGUUUAGUUUUUUGAUGAAGGAGAGUAUAUCCUAAAUUGCUCAGAGCAUUAAUACGAGUUUAUGGUACAGUACAAAAAUCACACUUUUUAAUUUUUUAAGGAAUGUUUUGAAUCGGCUGGAAUCCAUUUCUGGACUUGGUUCAGUUGUGGUUUGAUGGGGGGGAAGAAAAGAAGCAGUGCAGAGGCUCUCCUAGUUCUGUGUCGGGCUUUAAAAUAUAAACACCUGUCCUAUCAUCUCGCUCAUAUAUAUGUAUAUAUAUACACACAUAUAUAUUUAUAAGAAAUGUAUUAUUUCUUUGACUGAUCGGUCCUUCUCCAUAUGGUAACCAGGAAUAGCAUGUAUGCAUCCUCUCAUAGUCAGAAUCAUACCCCUUUUAGAUGAGUCCUGUUGAGCUGAUGUAAACACUAUGGUUUCUGUUCUAAAGCCUGAAAAUCUUGAAAUGCAAAAGAAAUGCUUUUCAUAUAUUUCUGACUGGCCGAAGAUCCACUUACUUAUUUAUUUUGUGUAGGGGUUGGGGAGAGAUAAAACACGUGGAUUCCAGAGAAAUCCUUUUAUAAGUUUGUGUAUUUUAGCAGCAAUUAGAAUAAUAUUAAAUAUGUUCUUACCUGUAUCUUUUCUAUGUAAUGAAGUACUGUGAAGAUAACAGUGAAGCAUCACUUUGCUGUGGCGUAAGUAUUAAUCAAACAUGUUACAUGAUUAAGAGCUAGACAGCAGGGUGUGCUACAACAACAGAACUAUUGCUUAUUGUGUAAAAAAAAAAAAAAAACCAACAAAAAAAAGCGCUUUUUUUGUGCAUGAGAACCUUUCUAUAAGCAUGAAAGAAAUAACUUGGUUUUUAGAGAUGUUAUUUUUACUUGGUUUUGCAUCUUUCUCCGAGUUUAGGCAAUUGAUUUCUCGUAGCCUCAUUCUGUGGAAUAAUUACAGUUUCAUCGUAACUUGGACACUUUCUCUCAAAAACCAGAUCCUAUUAGGAACCACUUACGGUUGCAGAAAGCUUAGUACUGACCCAAGAGGUGCAGCAGAAGCAGUAAAAUGAUUUAAACCUUGUACCAUCUCGCUCCCUGAUCCAAACCCCCCGGGGUGCUCAGCCAGCAGUGCGUGAAGUUGCCGAGGCUGAAGGCUGUGCUGCAGAGUCAGGAGUGUAGUCUCUCUUCUUGCACUUUUACCAAAAAACUCCAAAACUCUGCCUAAAAAAAAAAAAGUGUUUGAAGGUCUGAUGAUGUAUGGGGUUCCUGAAGGCUGACAAGGCGUGCAGGCAGGCCAGGGCUUCCUCUGCUGUUGUAGGGUUAAUUCUUGGGGCGUUUGGGUUUUUCUCUAGAUGUGUAUCCUGUGUGAUCCCUCUCCUGGGGCACUCUGAGAGCGUUCAGAGACCCCUUGGAAAACAGGGAUUGCACCCAGAGGGGCUCAACCCCCCUGCCCUCCAUCCUCUGUGGAGAUGGGCCUGAAAGUCUUGUGUGCAUCUGUGUUCCCAGAUUUCUCCUGGCUGGAAAUCUGCCAUCUCUGUAGCGUUCCCAUUGCUUCCCGGGCCAGGGUGUGUGCUCUUGUCUCAGUUCAGCCCAAACUUUGCUGCUUUUUGUUUUCUCUUCCCACCUUCUGUUUUUCUCUUUGCCGUGCUCUUCUUCAGCUUCCCUUUAUUGCCCCUGUAGGUUAUUUAGGAUGCUCUUUUGGAACCUUGUGAUGAAUGUUAUUUUGGCUAAACUGUAAGAUUUAAUUCUUUCUAUGCUUCUUUUUUUCCCCCCCCCAAGACUUUCCAUAUUUUUUUUUUAUAUCCGCCUUACUUUGCUAGCCACAUUCCCAAAUUGCUGGAGGUGGAUUUAACGAAGAUGGAAAGUUGGAGGGUUGGAGUCUUGGCUGCUCUGCACCUCCGUGGCCCCCCGUACCCCGAGAUGUGCCCUGAUGUUGGCUCCCGUUGCGCUCCCUCACGCGCAGCGACGUCAAACACCACUUAGUUCCACCUGGCGUCCCUUAACACGUGUCUGCUGAAUUACUCCUUUUUUCCCCUUGCUUUUUCCCCUGCAGUGAGCGUAACCCUUGUAGAAGCUGGGUGCUUCCAGCCUCACCAGAUAUUUCUAUUUUAAAUAACCCGCGAAACUUUCAGGUUGGUGCUUGAGCUUAGAUGGGUCUGGGCAGUUUUAUCACUCCUCCCCGUCUUAAUAUCACUCCUUUCCCCAUAAACUUAAGCAGUUAUCCCAAUCCCUCCCCACCCUGCAGAUAAACGAGCUGGGGAUAAUCAUGAAGAAAUAGUUUGUGGGGGGGUUUUGGCUGCUUAAAAUUUUGCAUCCCGUUGCAGAUCUUAAUUUUCCCUGAAUGUUUUCUUAAACGUGCACCUCGGCUGUGGGAAAGACUGUGUAGCACCAGAAAGAAGGGACACUGGGGGCUUAGUAAAGAGAGUUUUCAAGUAAUUUAAAAAUUGUGGAAAUACCGACUCCAAUGUGUUGCUUUUGACAAUGUUUGGGGGCUCUUCUGACCACAAAAAAAAAAGCAGGAUGAACCUUGGCGAGCAUUUGAAAAGGCUGCCCCUGGGUGUCUCUGGAGUGUGUCUGACAACCGUUCAAAAUCACGCAGUAUUAACAGGAGAAAAUAAGUUCAAAUCACUAAUUUUUGCUAGGAGCUUGAUUAAUAUUUCGUCUUUAAUCUGAGCGGUGAAUGGCAGGGAAAACUUGAGUAGCUGUAGGUUUAAGGAUGUCUUGUCAGCCCUGACUUGGAAUGUCCUGGCUAUCGUUGGUCUGUGUCAUGAAUUCAAUGUUUUUAAAAAUGUAUUUAUGUGUUUACAUUUCUUGAUUUUAUUAUUAUUAUUUUUUUUUAAACCAUCAUGCAAAGUUUUAUAAAAUGCUAAUUAUUUACAUGAUAGACUGAAGGAGCAGUUAACAAUCCAAGGAUAAAUCUAUAUUUAGUAUUGUAGGGAGCUGUCAUUGUGUUCUUACAAGUAUGUAUUAUAGAAAAUUACUGCGCAUGUGCGAUAGAUAAUUUUCAACUAUUAGUAUAUCAAGAGGUUUACACAUUGAAAAAAAAACACAACCCAACUCUUUAUGUACAGUAAGUAACAGCCUGCAAAAUUUAGUCUCAAAGUUGUCUUUUUUAGUAUUAGAAAUGCAAAAACCUGUUGGAAGCUUGUACAUUUUGAAUAUGUCCUGUUCAGCCCACAGCGAACUUACACAACUGUGCUCUGAAUCCCUGAAAAAAUUAGAUUGCCAGUGGAAUUGCUGUCACAGCCUUAACUCUAGUAUUAUAAAAAUGGUGCUUAAAUACAUUUACGUGCAUGGAUGUGGGUACCUGAUAAGAGUUUGUGAGAAUUUAAAGUAAAACCAAGCAGCUUAGUGCUGCUCUUGCGAGUUAAAACUCCUCGAUAACUGCAGCCACGUUUAGGAAUUGACAAAUGGUGUAAAUAUUUGGAAAAUAUUUAAGCUGGUGGACAAUUAAGCGCAGUUUCCCAGUUUUUGUUUUUGUUUUGUUUUGUUUUUAAUUGGCCAGAACUGCAUAUCUUCCCAGUUUCUGGGUCUGUGGGAGGCAGAGGGGAUGGAUGGGGAGAGAAGCUGCUCCAGGGGCCGGGGGGAGCCUGGGUCCCACCUGGAUAUUCACUGGAGGGGUCGAUGUCCCUGCAACUCCACCACUCCUUGGAAGAUAAAAUCCUCCUUUUUUCUUUGUAAAAAUGCUGCCUCAGAGUGGUGGCUGCUGACAUAUACUCAGAAAUCAAAGUCUGGUGAUUAUUUUUCUGUAGAAAUACUAAUAUAGGCUAUUCCUUCCUCCAUGAGUCGUUAUAGCAGACGUCAUUUAGAAAUACCCGUUAAUGUUUGAGCAGUGAAAUUCACGUGAUUUAGGCUCUCCAGUUCACAUUCUGGAUGAUUUAAAAUACUCCCAAAAUGCACAAAACUAUUAGAAUUGUGUCUCCUUUCUAUAUUGAUUAUUUUUUUUUUCCAGGUGAUAUUUAUGCCCAUAUCUUCACAUCCGCUAUCUCAGGUCCCUAUAAAUGAAUACUUCAGGGAUUUUGAUGCCACUUGUUGGCAGACCAAAUGUAAUAUUUAUAUGCAAUGAGCUGUUAGUUUUUGUAUUGUACAAAUGUAAAUUUGUAAAGAUUUUUUUCUAGAGUUUUUUUGAAGUCACUUAUGUAAUCUAGGAUGUUUCAUUUUCCAGCUGUGGGAUUGUCUUAAUAAAAAACAAAGAUAAACUCUUA